AUGAGCAAUCAAGCCAAAGUCGCUAUUGUCACCGGCGCGAACAAGGGAAUUGGUUAUGCCAUAGUGCGUAAUCUCGCACUAUCCUAUUAUACUUCUUCGUCAUCAAAACACCCCUUCAUCAUCUAUUUAUCCGCUCGUAACGAAUCGCUUGGUAAAGCAUCAUUAGAGCAAAUAAGGCAAGAGUUCGUUGGGCGUAAAUUAUUGCAAAAUGAUGGUGGAAAUAUUGAUAUCAAAUUUUUGAAGAUUGAUUUGACAAAUAAAGAGACUAUUGACGUAGCGGCGGAGGUUGUGAAUCACGAGCACGGAGGUCUAGACAUUUUAAUAAAUAAUGCUGGAACGGCAUUUAAGGGUUCUGCAUUCGACUCGAACGUUGUGCGUACCACUUUAGCAACGAAUUUCUAUGGUACAUUGGAAGUGUGCAAUAAAUUCAUUCCAUUAUUUCGUCCAAAUGGUCGUUUGAUCAGUGUGUCAAGUGAAGCGGGAAGUCUUCGAAUUUUGAGCCCGGAACUUCGAAAAAAAUUCACAGACCCUGAAUUGGAUAUCGAUGGAUUGAUUAAACUGAUGCAAUUAUUCCAGGAUGCAGUCGAUCGUGGCACUUGGAAAGAAGAAGGCUGGCCCACACAAGCGUAUGCCAUCUCGAAAAUUGGAGUAACAUCAUUAAAUCGUAUCUUUGCAAGACACUUCAAAGCCGAAGGCAAAGAAAUUAUAGUCAAUGCUUGCUGUCCUGGCUGGGUGAAAACUGACAUGGCCGGUCCGCAUGCACUUUUGACACCUGAUCAAGGCGCCGAAACUCCGGUAUUUCUUGCUUUGGACGAAGAAACCGUACCAAAUGCACCAAAUGGAGAAUUAUGGAAAUCGAAACAAAUAAAAGAAUGGCACUUGUUAUAG